ACUAGUAACCUGUCAUGUCAUCCGCCGUUUAUUUCUUUUGACGUGCUGUGUCAAACAACAAAAACACGCACGUGUGAAAAUGCGUAUCGAAACUUGUUAUUUCUGCUCUUCCAGGAUAUAUCCUGGACAUGGCAUUCAGUUUGUGAGAAAUGAUUGUAAGAUUUUCAGAUUUUGCCGUUCCAAAUGCCAUGCAGCAUUUAAAAAGAAGAAGAAUCCGCGUAAAACCAAAUGGACUAAAGCAUACCGUAAGACUGCGGGUAAGGAGUUGGCUAUUGACCCAUCAUUCGAGUUCGAAAAGCGUCGCCAUGUUCCGGUGAAAUACAGCAGAGAACUCUGGAACAAGACUAUAGAAGCCAUGAAGAGAGUCGAGGAAAUCAGACAAAAGAGGUCGAACAACUACAUCAUGCAGAGAUUGAGGAAGGGACGUGAAGUUGAAUGGCAGAGAGAUGUCAGGGAAGUCCAGAGGGAUAUCUCGCUUAUCAGAUCCCCAGCAGCAGGUCUCAAACAGCGUGCAGCAGAACAAGAAGACGUCGAGAUGGUUGAACCGGAAACCAUUGAGGUUGUAGACGCUAAAGGCCGUAAGCAAGUCAUUGAAGCUCCCGUCAUGGUGCCUGCCACGGGCGAUAUGAUCGAAGACGGAGGCGAUGUAGAAUUAUAAGAAUUUAGUCUAUUAUAAGCAAGUUUUGGUUAUUAUACAUAUUUUAUUUA